UCGGGGGGCGCGUCACCCGAGACAGCGAGCGCUCGCGGCGUCGGUCCGGUCCGGGGUCGUCAUGGGGCGAGGCAGCGGCACCUUCGAGCGUCUCCUAGACAAAGCCACCAGCCAGCUCCUGCUGGAGACAGACUGGGAGUCCAUCCUGCAGAUCUGUGACCUGAUUCGUCAGGGGGACACACAAGCAAAAUAUGCUGUAAAUGCCAUCAAGAAGAAAGUCAAUGACAAGAAUCCACAUGUGGCCUUGUAUGCCCUGGAGGUUAUGGAAUCUGUGGUGAAGAACUGUGGCCAGACAGUCCAUGAUGAAGUGGCCAACAAGCAGACCAUGGAGGAACUAAAGGAGCUGCUGAAGAGACAAGUGGAAGUCAAUGUCCGGAACAAGAUCCUAUACCUGAUCCAGGCCUGGGCUCAUGCCUUCCGCAAUGAGCCCAAGUACAAGGUGGUCCAGGACACCUACCAGAUCAUGAAGGUGGAAGGACAUGUCUUCCCGGAAUUCAAGGAAAGUGAUGCUAUGUUUGCUGCUGAAAGGGCCCCUGACUGGGUGGAUGCUGAGGAAUGCCACCGAUGCAGAGUGCAGUUUGGGGUGGUGACCCGCAAGCACCACUGCCGGGCAUGCGGGCAGAUCUUCUGUGGCAAAUGCUCCUCCAAAUACUCCACCAUCCCCAAGUUUGGUAUUGAGAAGGAGGUGCGCGUGUGUGAACCCUGCUAUGAGCAGCUGAACAAGAAAGCAGAAGGAAAGGCUGCCUCCACCACUGAACUGCCUCCAGAAUACCUGACGAGCCCCUUAUCACAGCAGUCCCAGCUGCCCCCAAAGCGGGAUGAGACAGCUCUGCAAGAGGAGGAGGAGCUGCAGCUGGCUCUGGCCUUGUCACAGUCAGAGGCUGAGGAGAAGGAGAGGCUGAGACAGAAGUCGACAUACACAGCACAUCCCAAGGCAGAUCCUACACCCCUGGCAUCAUCAGCACCCCCAGCUGGCAGCCUGUACUCAUCACCUGUGAACUCAUCAGCACCUCUGGCUGAGGACAUUGACCCUGAGCUCGCACGGUACCUCAACCGGAACUACUGGGAGAAGAAACAGGAAGAGGCUCGGAAGAGUCCGACACCAUCAGCUCCUGUCCCCCUGACGGAGCCAGCUGCCCAGCAAGUGGAGGGGCUCACAGCCCCUACCAACAUGGUGGAGGCUCCCCUCUCAGAGACAGACUGUCAGCCCAUCACAUCCUCCAGUGGUUCCUUUAGCGAGCAGUACCAGAAUGGGGAGUCAGAGGAGAACCAUGAGCAGUUCCUGAAGGCCUUACAGAACGCAGUUACUACCUUCGUCAACCGUAUGAAGAGCAACCAUAUGCGGGGCCGCAGCAUCACCAACGACUCGGCUGUGCUCUCACUUUUCCAGUCCAUCAACAGCAUGCACCCACAGCUGCUCGAGCUGCUCAACCAGCUGGAUGAGCGCAGGUUGUACUAUGAGGGGCUGCAGGACAAGCUGGCUCAGAUCCGUGAUGCCCGGGGGGCACUGAGUGCCCUGCGUGAGGAGCACCGGGAGAAGUUGCGUCGGGCAGCUGAGGAGGCUGAGCGCCAGCGCCAGAUUCAGCUGGCACAGAAGCUGGAAAUCAUGCGACAGAAGAAGCAGGAGUACCUGGAGGUGCAGAGGCAGCUGGCCAUCCAGCGUUUGCAGGAGCAGGAAAAGGAACGGCAGAUGCGCCUGGAGCAGCAGAAACAGACUGUCCAGAUGCGUGCCCAGAUGCCUGCCUUCCCCCUACCCUAUGCCCAGCUCCAGGCUAUGCCCACAACAGGGGGUGUACUCUACCAGCCCUCGGGCCCAGCCACCUUCCCUGCCACCUUCAGCCCAGCAGGCUCAGUGGAGGGCUCCCCAAUGCAUGGUGUGUACAUGAGCCAGCCAACUGCAGCCACUGGCCCUUACCCCAGCAUGCCUGGCACCACAGCAGAUCCCAGCAUGGUCAACACGUACAUGUACCCAACUGGGGCCCCUGGGGCACCAGCAGCCCCUCAGGCCCAGGCUGGGCCCACUGCCAGCCCUGCCUACUCUUCCUACCAGCCCACUCCCACCCCAGGUUACCAGAAUGUGGCUUCCCAGGCCCCACAGAGCCUCCCGGCCAUCUCCCAGCCGCCACAGUCCAGCACCAUGGGCUACAUGGGGAGCCAGCCAGUGUCCAUGGGCUACCAACCAUACAACAUGCAGAAUCUCAUGACUGCCCUCCCUGGCCAGGACGCAUCUCUGCCACCCCAGCAGUCCUACAUCACAGGGCAGCAGCCUAUGUACCAGCAGAUGGCACCUUCCAGUGGCCCUCCCCAGCAACAACCCCCUGUGGCCCAACCACCACCCACACAAGGACCGCCAGUACAGGGCAGUGAGGCCCAGCUCAUCUCAUUCGACUGACUCUGAGCCUGGCGAUCUGUGUCCAGAGUAACACUACAGUUCAUUGGAAACUUCUGUAUCUAACUAGCCAUUCUCUCCCCCUUAGUGUCCCUUCACUGUGUAAGGGAUGGGCCUUUACCUCAACUCCCUCCGUCCUCAUCCUCUGUCUUCUGUCACUUGUUCCCUGCUUUGGCCUGACUCUGUGACUUCUUUCCCCAGGGCUAGGCCUCGGGAAAGUUUCCCCAGGGAAUCCCCAGUUCUGUGUUGGGAUCCACCAGAGGUGGUGUAGUGGGGAUGCUGAGACUGCUCCCAAGUCUGAUAUGAGCUAGAGCUGGUGUCCAGGCAUGUCUCUGGUCCUCUGCAGGAACCUCUUGGCCCCUGUACCACAAGGAUGGAGGCUUCAGACAUCUCAGCUUCUCUGCUUCCCAGCUGUCAUCUCCCCAUGUGGAACAGUGAUAAUAAAAUGUAUUUCAAAAGGUCAA